AUGGAGAAAAACGGGAUCAAGCACCGCAAGCACCGGGACGUCUACUUUCAAAUCUACAACCUCAUGCGCCGCUUUGAGCCCGUGAAGAAGUGGCUUGAGGCCCAGGGGCAGCUCCAACUGUUUUGCCGCGGUGAGUUGAUCAAGCAAGUGGAGGCCCAGAUGCAGAGACGCUAUACGCACUUUCGAGAGCUCAGACCUGUGUUCGACCACGACGGAUAUGACACAGCAAGUGAUGAAGAGGGCGAGGAUGGAGACGAAGAAGCUGACCAAGGGUCGAGCGAUGAAGACGAGUAUCAUCCGACCAAGGGGGCCAGCCCAGUCGACCGACUCCCCUGGGAGAGCGAAGACGGUGACGACGACUAUGAUGUCACGAACGCCACUCCAACCGGAAACGCGGGCCAUGGAAACGAGGUGGAGCUCAAGCUGGCAGCUAUCCGUCUGCAGGAGGGGGAAAGGCGCGAGAAGCUGCGGACGGAGGCCGAGGAGAUGCGGACGAAGGCCGAAAAACUGCUUUUGCGGCACAAGAUGAAGCGCGAGGGGAUUUCAGACGAGGAAAUCAAUAGUGCGAUUCCGAUGUGA